CGAAAGGUGCAAACGCUGGAUGAGGACCUCAUCUCUCUUAACGAGAGCUUAUAUACGUGCCAAAUGAGGUACGACAUGGCAUGUAUAAUCAGAUGAAGAUCGGUUUCAUGUGGCCGAUGUGUACGACAAGCCGCCUGCGGCUUAUUGCCGUGCCUUCCGUCCUGAUCCAUGCCACUGCCGAUCUUUGGGGAUACGUAUGGCUGGUCCAGAUGCGCAAGACCAACCGCGAAACCCACCGCGGUCCGAAACGAGCAUGUCUUCAGCGUCAAAAUGGCUAGACCGAUGAGAAGGGAACAACGGAUGUUCAGCAGAACGUUUCAUUUCCUGAGAAGGACGCAGCUGGAUGCCUGAAGCGUUCAAUAUUCUUCCCAGUCGGCCUGUUACUGCAAAAGAAGAUGGAUCCCGAAGAAGCAAGUAUGUCGUACCUUAUUGUCCCCAGAAGCUAUACAACUUCGUACACUGCUUAUCUACAUAUGGGUGAACAUGGUAAGGUCGGCCAUUGACUUAUAGAAAAUAACAAAAGCUUGGCUUGACUGAUCCUUCUCUGACAGAAUUCGGAGGAACUUGAAA